AUGGCUUACGAACAUGUACCUUUAGACCUGACCAGCGAAACACUCGCGUUUGUCUGCAAAGUGCCACAGUAUGCAUGCUUCAGGGUGAAAGGCUGCAUGUUUGAGUAUGAGCAACCACGUCGAUCUGGCAAUUUGUCAACGUGGGCCUCUUCUUCUACAGAUAUAAAGUCUCACACUACGCUCCUGUCCUUGUGCUUUUUCCUCGCUACACUCCAACUCCAGCUACAACUCCAACUCAUCCACACCAUUCACAUCUACCACAUCCCACGCUCGGCCACGAUCUUCUCCCCGAAGCCCAGCCAUUACCACUACUGCCGCGACUCCACUCCACUCGCACAUACUGCCGUCAUGCCUGCCAGCGCUGCCUCCUCCAUCUCCUCCAUCGUCAAGCCUAAACCAGUCUCGUGCGGCGAGUCCUGCGAUUGCUGUGGAUGCGAAGAGUCAUGCUGGUGUGUUGUGAUGUAA